AACAGGCUUUCUAUAUGUAUAUAUAGACAACCAAUUGCUCAGGUAUUAGUUAUUGUCUCUAGUCUCCAGUCUCUAGUUGUUCUAUUUUUUUUUUGCUCUAAGCUCGCUAGGAAAUAGGACCAAAAUGUCAAGACAAGUAACUUUAACUUUAGUGUGUAUUAUGAUUAUGGUAAAAUUGGCGAAACCUUGCGAUAAAGCAUUAAUUAAAAUAAAGCUUGUUUCCGCUUGUGCAAUGCAAAAACGUAGUUUGUUGCCAGAUCGUCUCAAUAGUUUAUUUUUCUCCGAGAAAUUCGCGUCAAACUAUUUGGAGCAUGCAGAACAGCAGUACAAAAGGUUGAUGGAUGAUGAUGUUGAUUCAGAUACUCUCUCAAAUAAAGAUCAGGCUAGAGGUUUAAGGCGACCAGAUUACCUGUCGUUUUACGAUUUGUACAUCCGGCGUUCGAAUCGACAAAAAGCCGAUAAUGACGACGAUCGACUCACGGCCAAUCAAAAGAGGUCGAUCCAGCACCUGAUCGAGGAAUGUUGUCACAAGCCGAAGGAAUGCAGCGAAGCGGAUUUCAGGGAAAUAUGCGAUAAGAAAUAAAUACACAACUAAGUAUAUUAUAUACAUUUUACAUACCGUUUUAUUAUUAAAUUACGGGUAUUUAAUAUUCAGUACGUAUACAUAAAAUUAUAUUAGUCAUAUAUAUUUCUAUGUUCCAUAUAAUGGAGAGAAUAAAUUGCCGUAAAAUCACAGACACGUUUUUAUAAUU